AUGGGUUCCCACACCUGUCAGUGUAACCAUGGUUUCCACGGUGAUGGAUGGACGUGCGCAGAUGAGGAUGAAUGUUCGACAGGCUCACAUACAUGCAAUGUCAAUGCUCACUGUAUUAACAAUGUYGGUUCCUAUACAUGCCGGUGUAACUAUGGUUUCUAUGGMGAUGGMCACUCUUGYACCUCAGUGUAUUUUUCGGUGCAAACCAACUGYGGCUAUUCUAGUAUAAAUGGACAUAGUGGCCGGUUUACUUCACCUAAUUACCCUUCAAACUAURMURAUCAWCAAAGCUGUUAUUGGACGCUCACAUCCAAUACAAGAAUUACACUUUCAUUUGAAAGUUUUAUUCUUGAGGGCUGCUGUGAUUACGUUCGCGUUUACGACGGUGAUUCGACUUCACAUACUUCACUUGGUSAAUUUARCGGCRAUGUCGGACCUCCAUCUGUUUCCWGUUCGUCCAACCAGAUGCAUAUYACYUUYCAAACUGAUMRUUCGGSAAYCUWYMMAGGAUUUUCGRCAAUAUAUGAUGAGAUUGGAUUAGCAAAUCAUGCGUGUUCUUCCUAUACCGAGAUAACUGAUGGAACUCGACAUGUCAAUUACGGGGACGUUAGCACCCAGUGCGACAAUGGUUUGUCCGUACUAUGGUACCGUUUGAAUGGUGCAGCCGGUACACGUAUGCCAACAUCUUGCGUACCAGAAAAUCAGUGCGAUACUGAUGCUGCUGGCUGGUUAGAUGGUGUUCACCCGACGGUGCAAGAAGGAAUAGUCCCACGAAAAGUUUGCUUUCACUGGUCAUCCAAUUGCUGCCUAUGGGAUACAAGUAUACGUAUGCUUAACUGUGGAGUAUUUUAUGUGUUUGAGUUUAAGCCCCCUGAUGAUGGCUGCUCCCUUCGAUACUGUGGAACAAAUUAGGAACACGUAGUCAUCGUAACCUGUAUUCAAGACCAAAGUUUUAACAAACUCGUCUUUGUAGCAUAUAGUAAUCAUGUACCAAAGAAGUUAUAUCAGAAUUGUGUGUAACAGAGGUAAGACUGAUAAAUUGGAUAGCUUGAGCGUCAUUGUCCGAUUUCAUAUUGUGAGAGACUAGGUACAAGUUCCUUAAUUCGCACGAUGGUGAGAUAAGACUUAUAUAGAACGAAAGAUCGCACUGUAAAUAUGAAGCUUAGAAAGUUUAGUGUUAAUCGGUUCAAACGUAAACGAUUGGCAGCUUUUCAGAAAUUAUAGAUUUUACAAAAAAAUGUAAAUGGGAAUUUAGAAAAAUCCGGACGCAGCGUCUGGCAUUCCAUACAUUUCUUCCGAGAUCCUUGCGUUUUUGAAAGACUGUAACUGGUUUAAUAUUGACCUGAUCGACGCCAGAUUCAGACAAUUAGUAUUUCUCAAUACGAUCGUUYGUUCUAUAUAAGUCUUAUCUCACCAUCGAGCGAAUUAAGGGACUUGUACCCAGUCUCCAACGGUAUGAAAUCAGGCAAUUUGUCCUGUCUAUAGAACUAGAGUGCAUGUUUUAUCGGGAUGUAUACAUAUCGGAAUCUCAGGUGAUAUUUCGACAUUAUACAGUUGAUGGAAUAGAA